AUGCUUCGGUCCCUGUAUUCUCUCGCCCUCGGCUUUGAGCCCGAGUAUAUUUUUCCCAAAGUGAGCACCGAAACAGAUGGGCCGGAAUGUUUGAUGGACUGCGCCGAUUGCACGACACAUUUCCCCGAGAAACUCAAGAUUGAAGAGUAUCUGCCGCUCUAUGGGUUCAUCAAAGAGUUCCACUCGCAUGUGCUCAUUGCCACGGGACGCUCGGACUGGAAGGAAAAGGUCGAGCAGGAGAGGGGGAGUUUAAUGGAAGCAUUCAAUGACUCCUCAGCGAGAUCGAAGCGAGGUCGCUACAUGGUCUCCGCAUCAAACAUACAAUCACCACUCAACGCAUCCGGAUCGGAAAAAACCCCGGAUGAUGCGACGACAGUUUUGAUUUUACCACAGUUCGUGUAUGUUGACUCUGUUACUCAGGGUGAUGUUCCGUGUCUGGUUCGUCAACUCGUCGACUAUCCUCACGUUUUCGAAAGCAACGAAACUCAAACGAACCCUGCCGAUGGUCUGGCCACACGACCAUGUGAGCUGGAUUAUGUGAUUCUGCUCUGUUCCCACAGACGACGGGACGCCCGGUGUGGUAUCACAGCACCGCUGAUCAAGCGAGAAAUGGAGAGACAUCUACGGCCAUUGGGAUUGGACCGUGACAUGGAUGACUCGCGAUCCGGGGGUGCAGGCAUCUUCUUCGUUUCCCACGUGGGCGGACACAAAUACUCAGCCAACGUCCUCAUCUACCGGAGAAAAGAGCAGCAAAUGAUCUGGUUGGCUCGUGUGCGACCGGAACAUUGUGAGGGUAUCGUGAAGUACACUGUCCUCCAAGGGAAGGUGGUCCAUCCCGAAACGCAACUACGUGGGGGAUUCGAUCGUCUACGGGGGUUGACAAGCUGGUGA